GUACAACCGAAUGCUGAAUAAGACAUAUUUAUCUUAUAUAUUUACAGUUAGCUUUCAUGAACUGAAAACACCCUGUGAAAAAGAUUUUGUCCGUCAUCAUCUUGGUUUUUGGCCGUCGCCAUUUUAUUUUUUAGACGUCACCAUCUUGGUUUUUGGUUAAUGCCAUCUUGGUUUUUGUCCGUCACCAUCUUGGUCUUUAUAUAUCUAAUCAGUUAUAGGUCUCCAACUAUUGAUUAAUCUGUUACCCACAAGGAGGAAUCUUUGUGCACUGUCCUCAUAUCCACUUUUCUGAUAACACCAGUGUUUUCUACAAGCCUGCUUUGUUUGCGAGAUGGCCUACACUGUGCAGAAUGAGUUCCUCCUGAAAUCGGACAGAUUUUUAAACGCACACACUCCAAAGACAGAUCGCCACAAACCUCACAGAGCCUUGAGGAGGAACUCGUGUGCUGUCGGCUUAGAGCGGCUCUGCCAUUCGUCAAUGCAGAAUGUCAGCGCACAGCUCAAGGGAAGGACAACAAAAAAAGAAAAAGGAAGGAGGAGGCCACACAUGACAUUAGCUUAAGAUUCAUUUUUCACAAAAUACUACGUGAACUAUCAGUAAAGGUUAUGUUGUCGUGUAGUGCAAGAAAAUAAAUGAACUGACUGAGUGAAUCCAGCAGGAGCUGAGCAUCCAUCUCACUGAUGGACGUCCUGUCAAUCUCCUCGAGGGAAACCACACCACAGAGGACCAAUCAGCACUAGAGGGCUAUCCGCUCCGACGCUAUGCGUACCGACCGCGUCUCUCUCUGCAAGGCGAGCACCACUGGAGAGAGAGACCCGCACGCUGCUGCUGCUGCUGCUGCCGACUGUGAGCACCUAAACGCCUGCCGGAAGAGCGACCCAGGCCGGGCAACAGGAGCGGGGAGACACUGCCGCUGAUUCACCUCCGUCGGAGGACGACAUUUACGCGCGGAGAGUUUGGCCUCCCCUCCCCCCCCCUCUCCGGAUAGAGAGAUCGGCGAGAGGACGAGUGCGGCGUCCCGGAGCCUGACGCCCCCUUUGUCAUCCUCUUCCUCCACUCAGCCAAAAAAAACUCUUCUUCUUCUUCUUCUCUCCUCUCUCUCUCUUUCGUCCUCGCCAUGGCCUUCAAACUGAACCCCAACGUCCUGUACGUGGCGGAGCACAGCGAGUCCCUGGGGUCGCCCCAAGCCAACUCUGAAAGGACCCACAUUGCUGGAGAAGCUGGAGAAGAGUCAUCGGACAGCGACGGGGAACAAGAGGAGACGUCGCACAAGUUGAUCCGCAAGGUGUCGACCUCGGGUCAGAUAAGGGCCAAGAAAAGCGUGAAGGAGGGAAUCCUGUUAAAGCAGACCAGCUCCUUCCAGAGAUGGAAGAGGAGGUACUUCAAACUCAGAGGGAGGACCCUCUACUACGCCAAAGACUGCAAGUCUCUGAUUUUUGAUGAAGUGGACCUAUCAGACGCGAGCGUGGCCGAGACCAGCACCAAGAACAUCAACAACAGCUUCACGGUGAUCACUCCAUUUCGCAAACUGAUGUUGUGCGCCGAGAGCAGGAAGGAGAUGGAGGACUGGAUCGGCGCUCUCAAAUCCGUCCAAAAAUGGGAAACCUAUGAGGCCAGCCAGUUCAACAUGGAGCAUUUCUCCGGGAUGCACAACUGGUACGCCUGCUCGCACGCCAGACCGACCUUCUGCAACGUCUGCCGGGAGGCUCUGCCAGGCGUCACCUCCCACGGCCUCUCCUGCGAAGUUUGUAAGUUCAAGGCUCAUAAGCGCUGUGCUGUUCGCUCCACCAACAACUGCAAAUGGACCACACUGGCCUCCAUAGGAAAUGACAUCAUUGAGGAUGAGGAAGGGGUGUUCAUGCCUCACCAGUGGCUGGAAGGCAACCUGCCGGUCAGCGCCAAGUGUGUCGUGUGUGACAAGAACUGUGGCAGCGUGCGGCGGCUGCAGGACUGGCGCUGCCUCUGGUGCAAGGCCAUCGUCCACAACAGCUGUAAAGAACAAAUGGGUAAGGUGUGUCCAUUGGGUCAAUAUCGAGUGUCAAUCAUCCCUCCCACUGCACUUAACAGCAUCGACUCUGAUGGCUUCUGGAAGGCCACCUCAGCGUCGUGCUCCAGUCCUCUCCUGGUCCUGGUCAACUCCAAAAGCGGAGACAACCAGGGGGUGAAGUUCCUCCGCAAGUUCAAGCAGCUCCUCAACCCGGCUCAAGUCUUUGACCUGAUGAAUGGAGGACCAGAGCUCGGCCUGCGCCUUUUCCAGAAGUUUGUGACGUUUCGUAUCCUGGUGUGCGGGGGAGAUGGCAGCGUGGGCUGGGUGCUCUCAGAGCUGGAUAAACUCAACCUCCAUAAACAGUGCCAGCUGGGCGUUCUGCCUCUGGGCACGGGCAACGACCUGGCUCGUGUUCUGGGCUGGGGAGGCCUCUGUGACGACGACGCUCAGCUGCUGCAGAUCCUGGAGAAGCUGGAGAGAGCCACCACCAAGAUGCUGGACCGAUGGAGUGUGAUGACGUACGAGGUGCCCACCACCACCAAACGCACGCCGCUCGUGAAAGAAGACGACAGCCUCGAUUGUCCUCUGCAGGUCCACAUCACUCAGUAUGCAGACUCCGUUGCCUCCCACCUCGCCAAGAUCCUGGACUCGGACAAACACAGCGACGUCAUUUCCUCUGCCAAGUUCCUGUGUGGGACGGUGAAUGACUUCGUGGCGGAGGUCGGGAAGGCGUACGAGAGAGCCACAGAGAACAAGGAGGAGGCCGACGCCAUGGCAAAGAAGUGUUCUUUGCUGAACGAGAAGCUCGAUUCUCUGGUCAAGGCCUUGAGUGAAGAAGCGGAGGCUCAGGUGGUGCCAGCGGGUUCGGUGCCCAGCCAGGAGAGCGUCGGCUCGAGCCCCGUCGAAAGCGUCGGCGAGUCGGGUUCAGACGGUAAAACGUACCGGUCCAAAGAGCAGCUGAUGCUCAGGGCCAACAGCCUGAAGAAAGCCCUGAGGCAGAUCAUCGAACAGGCAGAGAAAGUGGUGGACGAGCAGAACCGACACACGCAGGUCCAGAGGAUGUCGUCCUCGUCCUCCAUCAAAAGAGAGAACAGCGAGGAGCUGAAGGAUGCCGAGCCACGUCAAGGAAGCUUAAGUCCCACCUCCCCUAUUGUCCUGGAGAAGCCAGAGAGCCUCCACACGGUCACCUUCAGCGAGGACUCUGUACAAUGUUCAGAGAAGUGUGUGAUGAACAACUACUUCGGCAUCGGCCUGGACGCCAAGAUCUCCCUCGAGUUCAACAACAAGAGAGAUGAGAACCCUAAGAAAUGCAGCAGUCGUACCAAGAACAUGAUGUGGUACGGAGUGCUGGGGACGAAAGAGCUGGUCCAGAAGACCUACAAGAACCUGGAGCAGAGAGUUCAGCUGGAGUGUGACGGUGUUCCCAUGUCUCUGCCCAGCCUGCAGGGCUUGGCUGUGCUCAACAUCCCCAGCUAUGCAGGCGGGAUCAACUUCUGGGGAGGCACCAAGGAGGACAACAACUUUGGCGCUCCGUCAUUUGAUGAUAAGAAGUUGGAGGUGGUGGCGGUGUUCGGCAGCAUGCAGAUGGCCAUGUCCAGAGUCAUCAACCUGCAGCACCACCGCAUCGCACAGUGCCGCCAGGUGAAGAUCACCAUCCUCGGGGAGGAGGGGGUUCCUGUGCAGGUGGACGGAGAGGCCUGGAUCCAGCCGCCCGGCAUCGUCAAGAUCGUCCACAAGAACCGAGCACAGAUGCUCACCAGAGACAGAGCGUUCGAGAGCACGCUGAAGUCGUGGGAGGACAAGAGGAAGUUCGACAGCUACCGCGACAGCAGACCCCGCCUUAACUCCCAGCAGUCCAUGGAGUACCUGACGGAGGAGGAGUGCGCGCAGGUUCAGCAGCUGGGCAUCGUGGCCGACACACUCAUCAACAAGAUCCGCGAGGCAGCCAAGACCCACAAGCUGGUGGAGCAAGAACUGGCCCACGCCGUCAACGCCACCGCCCUGGUGCUCACGGAGGCCAAACUGUCCACCCCUGAGUGUCUGAGUCGCAGCACGGCCGUGGAGAUCGUCAACAGCAGUAAAGUCCUCCAGGCCGAGACCAGGAUGCUGCUUGAUGGAAAACUACUGUCGGACUCUCCGGAGGAGGCGGCACUUCGGACGACCCUGAACAGCCUCAGCGCCGAGCUCCACAAGCUGGACGACAUCCACUGGAUCUGUCCGCUCAUGCAGUGCUCCGAGGAGGACUCGGUGAGGGUCAACAGUAAGAGCAGCAUAAAGCUGAAGAUCAUACCCAAGGUGAAGGAGAGAGAGAAGCUCCACAAGCAGAAGUCUAACAGCUCUCUCUCAGGAAAUUGGGAAAUCAAAGGAGGGGCUGGUGAGGCAGAUUCCUCGGGCGAAAGACGUCCAAGAGGGCGCUAA